AUGUCGUCCAUCUUGCCAUUCACCCCUCCUGUGGUGAAGAGGCUCUUGGGCUGGAGGAAGUCAACAAGUGGUCCGGCUUUAGCAGGGGGCGGUGAACAGAACGGACAAGAGGAGAAAUGGUGUGAAAAAGCUGUGAAAAGCCUAGUGAAGAAACUAAAGAAGACGGGUCAGCUGGAACUGGAGAAAGCUAUCACCACACAAAACUGCAACACAAAGUGUGUCACCAUCCCAAGCAAUUGCUCUGAAAUAUGGGGACUGAGUACACCGAAUACGAUAGAACAGUGGGAUACAUCAGGCCUAUACAGCUACCCCGACCAAACCAGAUCCUUAGAUGGCCGUCAGCAGGUCUCACACAGGAAGGGCCUUCCUCAUGUUGUUUACUGCCGCUUGUGGCGAUGGCCGGACCUUCACAGCCACCACGAGCUACGUGCCAUCGAGGCCUGCGAGUAUGCCUUCCACCUUAAGAAGGAUGAGGUGUGCAUAAACCCCUACCACUACCAGAGGGUGGAGACCCCAGUGCUGCCUCCUGUUCUUGUGCCAAGACACUCGGAAAUCCUGUCAGAGUUGCCACCUCUUGACGACUACACUCAUUCCAUACCUGAAAACACAAACUUCCCUGCAGGAAUCGAACCUCCAAACAACUAUAUACCAGAAACGCCUCCGCCUGGCUACAUCAGUGAGGAUGGAGAGGCAAGUGAUCAGCAGAUGAAUCAAAGUAUGGACACAGGUUCACCACCAGAACUUUCUCCCAGCUCUCUGUCCCCCGUCAACCACAGCAUGGACCUGCAGCCAGUGACGUACUCUGAGCCAGCCUUCUGGUGCUCUAUAGCAUACUAUGAGCUCAACCAACGUGUGGGGGAGACGUUCCACGCUUCUCAGCCUUCGUUGACAGUCGAUGGCUUCACAGACCCAUCAAAUUCUGAACGGUUUUGCCUCGGACUGCUCUCUAAUGUUAACAGGAACGCCACCGUGGAGAUGACUCGACGACACAUAGGAAGAGGAGUUAGACUGUACUAUAUUGGAGGCGAGGUGUUUGCUGAAUGCUUGAGUGAUAGUGCUAUCUUUGUACAGAGUCCAAACUGCAACCAGCGCUAUGGCUGGCAUCCAGCAACAGUGUGUAAAAUUCCUCCAGGUUGUAAUCUAAAAAUCUUCAACAACCAGGAAUUUGCAGCCCUACUGGCUCAGUCAGUCAAUCAGGGCUUUGAGGCCGUCUACCAGCUCACCAGGAUGUGCACCAUUCGAAUGAGCUUUGUCAAAGGUUGGGGAGCUGAGUAUAGGCGGCAAACUGUCACAAGUACUCCAUGCUGGAUCGAACUGCAUCUGAACGGCCCGCUUCAGUGGUUGGACAAAGUUCUGACCCAGAUGGGCUCACCAUCUGCACGCUGCUCCAGUAUGUCCUAAACCACAACAAAAAGACCCAAAAUAAGCCCAUUACAAAGAUGACUACACUCCAAACUGGAAAAAAAAUCCAUACCAGAAUUUGCUUUUGUGAAAUGUUUCAUAGUAUUUGUGGCCUGAUUCCACAUCCCAGUUUUAACUUGAUACACACAUUUGCAGAGGAACAAAUGCAUCGACACAGUUCCACAUGCUUAUAAACACAUGCAGAUGUUUUUAUUGAAAAAAAAAAAAAAAAAAAAAAAAAAAGGAGAUUGGCACUUUGUUACCCAUCUAUGUCUUGCACCUUGUUAAAUUGCUUUGCCCCAAAUCCUUAAUACUAGAUCUAUUUGUGGUACAAAUAAAAUGUAUAUUGGUUGUUGUCUGGGAAAUAGAGGAAAUACCAAAAAUAUCUGUGAAUAGGUUCUCAGUGUUAAAGAUUGCUUGAAUGCUGAAGUGAUUUUUGUUCCAGCCCACCACAACCAUUGUUGUGAAAUAAGUUUACUUCUCUAUGGGAGACUUGGGGCCCUAUCUCUUGUUGAAGGAGGAUGGCUUAUGAAAAAAAUUAUGGCCUUUGUUGCCGUUAUUCUCCUGAAGGAAAUACCACAAUGUGUUAAUAAAAUUUAAUUCAAUCACCUCUGCCACAAUGGCCCCUUUUUUAACUGACGCAGUGUGUCGGUCUAAGACAUACCUUCAAAAUAGACAUAUAGGAAUGUUAGUAAAAUAAAUAUUUCCAAAGCUCUAAAGUAACUGCACAUCAGACUGGCUGUAGUUUAUUUUGGUUGUUUUUGUUUUUCAUUUGGUCGUCAUAUGGGACCUCAGUCUUUUAGCUGAUUUGAAUCCAAAAAUAUUUGCCCGGUUUUAUAGCUAUCAGCCAGGUUCUACAGGGCACGCUGGGCAGGGACCAGAAAAUAUCAGGAGGUAUCAAAAAGCUUCUUUCUUUGCCGUUUUGGUGUUUUUUGAUUCAACACUGGGACUCUUUGAGCUCUAAGGCGAAGCAUUCAGGGCCUCAUCAGAUGAUUUUUGAAGGCGUCAAUGAGUUUGUUUUGUCCAUAGCCAACAUCCAGAUUGUUUUGCUACUUUUUGUAUUUGUGUGUAUUUUUAUAUAUAUUAAUUUCUGUCAUCCUCUUUUUUAUUAAAAUACUUUAAAAGCUUAGAAAUUUCUAAAAUGACAGAGAUUAGAUCAUUCCUACAUUUUAUCCCAAAUUCUUAUGGCAUAUCUUCAUCUCAGUGAAGAGAAACAAAGUAAUCACUGCCCUUAUGUAGCCUAUAUAUAGCCUCUGUGUUUUUCCCCCCAACGAAAUCUGGUGCAAAACAGCUGUGACCGAAAGUUUAAAUCCAAUUCUUUGUGAUAUUUUAGAUGGUUUAAGUUUUGCUUUUUCCAGUUUUUUUUCUCUCUUUUGUAAUUUUUGUCCAAGCACAUUUGUCCUCCUUUGACUUUUCAGUGCUUUGUCAAGAAAGUUAGACUCAAACACAAAAUUGGCUUUUAAAAUGUUACAGCUAACCUGGAUGGGAGUGAAUGUGCCUGCACACUGGGACAUUAUGUAUUAAUGUGCGUAUUGUGUUCGUUCAGUCUUUAAAGGACAGCUUGUACAACGAAACUUACUACCUUAAACUCAUUACUUGGUUGUUGCAAGUUUGAUAUGUCCCCAGUUUCAUCUGUUAAUGUACAUGUGUUUACCAUAUGGCACUAGAGAUUGUACUUGAAGUGCACCUAGUGAAUUUUGGAUAUUUGGGGAAACUGAACCUUUUGUUUGGGUCCAGUGUUACAUUGUUCUUAUCUUUGGCCUACAACAUAUGAAUGUGAAAAAAAGAUACAAUACAAAAACCAAUGUGGACCAGAUGUGCAUAUGCAUAAAAGUAGUACAUUAUGUGUGUAUUUAACAGUUAUCUUUUUUGCAAACCAGUCAGUACUGUAGAAGUCGCAGUUGUUUUACCAAUAGGGGGCGGUAUUGAUAGAGUUCUUUUUUUUUUCUUUCUGUUUUUUUUGACCAUGAGCUUCUCAGGCGUGUGGCAUAUUAUGCAGACUUCAUAAAACACUAAUAAAGAUUUUUAUUCUCAUUAA